AUCUGUCAAACUUUAGCAGGCCUGCCAUUCCGGGACCGAGAGUGGAUUGUUCUGUGCCAGAAAAUCUUAUAUUCUGCCGCCCCGAACCUAAUUUACCUUUGCCGUAUUCGAAAUGGCCGAUCUAGGUGCUCCGGUUCGUGUAUCUCCUUUGAUUCGGUUCGGCCGCUGGUCGUUCCUGGUCGUCGGAGUUGCCUACGGUGCUUACCAUCAGCAGCGUCUGGCCAAGCGAGAGGUUGGAAUUCGCGAAGUCGAGGCACAACAAAAGGUCAUCCGGGACGCAAAAUUGGCCGUGGAGAAGAAACGGAACCAGGAAGCCGAAGCAAAGGCCAUCGCUGAACUGUCCGGACCGAGUAAGAAGUAAACAGAUUGAAGGAUGUGAAACCCGUUCGAAAAGUUCUUGCUGAACAGAGGGUCCUGUAGGGGGGAGCAACCAUGCUGGCCAUUCCCUGUUUCGUAGCUCACGUUUAAUAAACAACCAACAUGGGAAUAUAUGUCGUGCUGCAACCAUAUUUUA